AUGUCUACCAGACCACAGAAGCCAGUCUAUUUCUCCAACGGGGUGGCUCUUGAGACCCCCCCGAUCAGCGUGCGGCUCACCCGCUUCAUCGAGAGCAUCUACUACUUCUUUGGCCUCUACUUCACUACCCUCCUAUCGCUCGACGCGUACGCCGCUGCCGAAAACUCGUCUUUCAAUAUCAACAACCCGAGCAACAGACAUAAUACUCGCUCUCGCUGGGGAGGUAGCACGAGUCCAUACGGUGGUGGUGGUGGAGGUGGAGGUGGAGGAGGCGGCGGAGGUCCUGGAUCUGGCCCGCGGCGCUUGGGCCGUGUGGACGAUGUGCGCGGGCCGGAGUGCGGAAGUUGUAAAUAG